AUACUAGUAUAAUAAAUGCUUUAUUCUUUUUUCUUUAAUUUUCCAUUAAACACAGAAACAAAUAAAUAAAUUCAUUCACACUAAUCCAUUACCGACCACACUAUUCCAAUUUUCCGGUGACCAAAAAAAAUCUCCGGACACUUCUCCGAUUGGAGAAGUUGCCGGCGAUAGUAGAAAAGUGGACCCCGCCAUUUUUGCAUUUGCAUAAAAGUGGAGGAAGUUUGUCUAUAGUUUUUGUGUAUAUUUAUGAACACGAGAUCUCGAUUUUCUAUAAAUAGUUUGACUUCUGGUAUAGAUUGGAGGUGGGAAUGAGGCAGAAAGGUCAUAUAUUUGAUGUUUUUGUGAUUUUGGUAGUUCUGUUUUCAGUUUCUACCAUAACAAACGCAACUGAGAGCAAAGAUGGUUUCAAUCAGUGCGAACACAUUGUCAAGCAGUGGGCAUCGUCUUCACUUGAUUUGGAAGUAAAAAAUGACAAACAUGUCUUGCAGAACUUGCUCUUUUUUCUUCAUGUCCCCAGGACUGGAGGGCGAACAUAUUUUCAUUGUUUUCUUAAAAAGCUUUAUGCCAGUUCUUUGGAGUGUCCGCGUUCAUAUGAUAAGUUAAGGAUUGAUCCAAGAAAACCAAAAUGCAGGUUGUUGGUUACUCAUGACGACUACAGCAUGAUGUCCAAACUUCCGAAGGAUGAAACUUCUGUGGUGACAAUCCUUAGGAAUCCAGUUGACCGUGUUUUUAGCGCCUACGAGUUUUCUGUGGAGGUAGCAGCCAGGUUCUUGGUGCACCCUAACUUAACAUCUGCCACCAAAAUGUCUGGACGGGUGCGUUCAAAAAAUACAGUUAGCACUCUAGAUAUCUGGCCAUGGAAGUAUUUGGUCCCUUGGAUGAGAGAAGAUCUAUUUGCUCGAAGGGAUGCAAGAAAACAACAUGGUCAUUCUGUUGUUACAAGCACUAAUCCAUAUGACACGAAAGAGAUGGUGAUGCCUCUACAUGAGUAUAUCAACAACCCUAUUGCUCAGGACAUCAUUCACAACGGAGCCACAUUUCAGGUCGCAGGACUUACAAACAACUCUUAUCUGACAGAGGCACAUGACGUUCGUCACUGUGUACUGAAGUAUCAGUCUCUUGGAGAUUAUGUGCUUGAGGUUGCAAAGAAGAGGUUGGACAAUAUGCUGUAUGUUGGACUCACAGAUAACCACAAAGAAUCAGCCACCAUGUUUGCAAAUGUAGUCGGUACUCAGGCAAUUUCACAGUUCACUGGAUCAGGAUCACAUGGUGAUCAUCCUGCUAAGAACAACUCUGAACAGAGCUCGUCGUUGCUAGAAUCUGAUUUUGAUACGACUUAUCACCAGAGCAACAGCUCAUACCAAAAGCCCAAUCAAAUCUCAUCAGAUGAACGAGGUGAAGCAGCAAAAGAAAAUAUGACUGCAGGAAAACUCAUGGAUGCAUAUGAAAGCUGCAUUUUGAACUUAAGGAAGAGCCAGUCUGAAAGACGUGUAAAUUCUCUAAAGAAAAUAUAUCCAGCAAAUUUCACGAAGGAGGGACGUCGUCAGGUGUCUGAAGCCCUUCUUCAGGAGAUCUCAUUGUUAAACCACCUCGAUGUGGAGCUUUAUAAAUAUGCCCAGACGAUAUUUGCAAAUCAACACAAACGCAUGUUACAAAGCAAGGUUGUAACGAACCAGCUGGACACUGUCUUCGACAAUUCCUAUCGUACAUUUUCUUGGGAAGCCAUUUCUGUUGCUGUUUCCGUGUUCUUUCUGGUUCUUUUUGCUGUUCUAUUUGUAACUGCAAAAAGAAGAACAUCAAAACUUAAGUUAUGAUAUCACCAACAUUACUGACCUAUAAAAAGUUUAAAAAGAAAUUGAAUAGGAAGAUUGAAAAGAAAUAGCUCAGGUAGCAUGUAAGAUUUUGAUUGUUCAAGCCUCAUUAACUAUACUCCCAUGCAAUUUUGUGGGUAAAAGCAAAAGCUUAAUGUAAAAUUUUAUGCUUUUUAUAUCAGUUUCACUUCUCUUCUUUUGCA